UCUUUGCAGCUUGGGCAAAGGAGGAGCAAGCAUUUUAGGGCUGGUCAGUUGGCUGGUCUGGGGAUGCCCAGGCAGAUGCGGAGGCAGCUGGAAAAGUGGCACCGCACUGGGCUUGCCCGAGCUGCCGCGGUUCCUAGGAGACCGCGGAGCAGCAAGCCUGCGGGGGAGGGGGAGCAAGUGGGUUGCUGCUUUUAGCAGCUGAAAGGGCUGCAGGGAGCUCUGGGUAAGACAUUUUCUGCUGCUGCUGCUUCUGCGGUAGAAGCCGCCGCGAGUAAGUCAGACGAAGGAGGAUCGAGAGGGAGGAGGUUUCAGUUGCAGCCAUGCUGAAUCACUGUUGCUGAUCAGAUUCCCCGCUGGUGGGCUCUGAGAACAGAGAGAAGCGAUAGGACUGGGGAGCAGGGCUAGGAUUCCCGGGCGCAUGCAGACUUCAACCGCUACCACCCCGGCUGGGCCUCGCACAAUGGAGGGUGAAAGCAUCAAGCCAAGCUCCCAGCCCCCUGUGCAGGCUGGGGACGACGACAAGGACCAGAGGACCAUCACUGUCAACCCUGCCCACAUGGGGAAGGCGUUCAAGGUUAUGAAUGAGCUGCGGAGUAAGCAACUGUUGUGUGACGUGAUGAUUGUAGCAGAAGAUGUCGAGAUUGAAGCCCACCGUGUGGUCCUGGCAGCCUGCAGCCCCUACUUCUGUGCGAUGUUCACAGGUGACAUGUCCGAGAGUAAAGCCAAGAAGAUUGAAAUAAAAGAUGUGGAUGGGCAGACGCUGAGUAAGCUGAUUGACUACAUCUAUACUGCUGAAAUCGAGGUGACUGAAGAGAAUGUCCAGGUGCUGCUCCCAGCAGCCAGCUUGCUGCAGCUCAUGGACGUUCGGCAGAACUGCUGUGACUUCCUGCAGUCUCAGUUGCAUCCCACCAACUGCCUGGGCAUCCGCGCAUUUGCAGACGUCCACACUUGCACCGACCUUCUGCAGCAGGCCAACGCCUAUGCAGAGCAGCACUUUCCAGAGGUGAUGCUGGGGGAAGAAUUUCUUAGCCUAAGUCUGGACCAAGUGUGCAGCUUGAUAUCCAGUGAUAAGCUGACCGUUUCUUCAGAAGAGAAGGUGUUUGAAGCAGUGAUUUCCUGGAUCAAUUAUGAGAAAGAAACUCGUUUAGAGCACAUGGCAAAGUUGAUGGAGCAUGUUCGCCUGCCUCUUUUACCUCGGGAUUACCUAGUCCAGACGGUUGAAGAAGAAGCUUUGAUAAAGAAUAACAACACCUGUAAGGACUUCCUCAUUGAGGCCAUGAAAUACCAUCUGCUCCCUCUGGAUCAGAGGCUCUUGAUUAAGAACCCAAGGACCAAGCCCAGGACUCCAGUCAGCCUGCCCAAGGUCAUGAUUGUGGUCGGCGGCCAGGCGCCCAAGGCGAUCCGCAGUGUGGAGUGCUAUGAUUUCGAGGAGGACAGAUGGGAUCAGAUUGCAGAGCUGCCCUCCAGAAGAUGCAGAGCAGGUGUGGUGUUCAUGGCUGGCCAUGUGUACGCGGUGGGGGGCUUCAAUGGCUCCCUGCGUGUGCGGACGGUGGACGUGUACGAUGGGGUGAAGGACCAGUGGACGGCCAUCGCCAGCAUGCAGGAGCGCCGCAGCACGCUGGGCGCCGCGGUCCUCAAUGACCUGCUCUAUGCUGUGGGAGGCUUUGAUGGCAGCACUGGCCUAGCGUCGGUGGAAGCCUACAGCUACAAGACCAACGAGUGGUUCUUUGUGGCCCCGAUGAACACGCGGCGAAGCAGUGUGGGUGUGGGCGUUGUGGAGGGAAAACUGUAUGCUGUUGGGGGCUAUGAUGGUGCUUCUCGCCAGUGUCUGAGCACCGUGGAGCAGUACAACCCAGCGACCAACGAGUGGACCUACGUGGCUGACAUGAGCACCCGCCGCAGCGGUGCAGGGGUCGGAGUUCUCAGUGGCCAGCUGUAUGCCACAGGAGGGCAUGACGGGCCCCUGGUGAGGAAGAGUGUUGAAGUUUAUGAUCCUGGAACAAAUACCUGGAAGCAGGUGGCAGAUAUGAACAUGUGCCGACGAAAUGCAGGGGUCUGUGCGGUAAACGGGCUCCUGUAUGUGGUUGGAGGCGAUGAUGGGUCCUGCAACUUGGCUUCGGUGGAAUACUACAAUCCAGUCACAGACAAGUGGACGCUGCUGCCGACCAACAUGAGCACGGGCCGGAGCUAUGCGGGUGUUGCUGUGAUUCACAAGCCUUUGUGA